UUGUCGCGAGACAUUAUACGCGAGGCGUGAACUCAUUGGUCAACCUAAACGACAAUUCGCCAGCUGAUUGGCUAGUCUCACUUCACCUUUGCUCCGCCCCUUCCCCGGCACUCUCUUCCGCCUCCUUUCUGCCUCCCUGUUGCGUGCGCGUGACCAGAGAGCCCAGCACCUCCCUUUCCUCUGCUUCCGCCACUUCCGCCCUGGAGAACAUUUCUCACCCAGGGUUGGUAGAAACGUGCCGGAGCAUGCGCACUGAGAGGAUCUCGAUAAAAAUCGCCUUCAAAAUUGCUUAAAAGGCAAACUCUAACAAAGAGAUCUAAGAGUCGUAGUGACUGGCCAAGAAAAAAUGCAAUUUUGAGGUCUAAUUCGAUUGUGACGCAGUUGAAAUUAGCUUCUCCGCCCAUCCCUUCCCUUUCACGCUUCCGUCCUGACGCAAACGUGCGGCCGCCUUCCGCACUGCGGGCUUGUCCUUGGCCCUGCCCUAGUCAGUUUCCUGAAGCAUGCGCAGUUGCCUUUCCUUCCAUUCCUGUGCUGGGCGUACGUCAAGAUGGCGGCGUCCGUAUUAAACACCCUGCUGAGGCGGCUUCCUAUGCUUUCUCUCUUCCGAGGUGCCCACAGAGUUCAGGUUCCCCUCCAGACUCUUUGCACCAAACCUCCCUCUGAGGAAGAUUCUUUGUCCCCAGUUCCCAUUUCUCCUUAUAAGGAUGAACCCUGGAAAUAUCUGGAAUCAGAAGAAUACCAGGAGCGAUAUGGUUCUCGCCCUGUCUGGGCUGACUACCGCCGCAACCACAAGGGUGGUGUACCCCCACAGCGGACUCGGAAAACAUGUAUUCGUGGGAAUAAAGUUGCUGGGAAUCCCUGCCCCAUCUGCCGAGAUCACAAGUUGCAUGUUGACUUUAGGAACGUGAAGCUCUUGGAACAGUUUGUCUGCGCCCACACGGGUAUCAUCUUCCAUUCUCUAUACACAGGAGUCUGUGUGAAGCAGCACAAGAGGUUGACCCAGGCCAUCCAGAAAGCCAGGGAUCAUGGUCUCCUCAUUUACCACAUCCCCCAGGUUGAACCACGGGACCGUGACUUCAGUAUCUCUCAUGGGGCUGUGAGUGCUACUCCGCCAGCCCCCACCCUGAUCUCAGGUGACCCCUGGUACCCAUGGUACAACUGGAAACAGCCACCAGAGAGAGAACUGUCACGCCUUCGCCGGCUUUACCAGGGUCAUCUUCGAGAAGAGAGUGGCCCCCCACCUGAGUCAAUGCCCAAGAUGCCCCCUACAGCACCAGCGGAAGCCGCCUCCACUGGGCAGACAGACCCUCAGAGUGCUCUGUAGGAGCCGUAGACUGGGAAGAGAGGCCAGGCAUGGUGGCUUACAAAAAAAUACAAAAAUUAGCUGGGUGUGGUGCUGCACGCCUGUAGUCCCAGCUAUUGGGGAGGCUAAGGGAAGAUCACUUGAUCCCAGGAGGCGGAGGUUGUCAUGAGUUGCAGUUGCACCCCUGCACUCCAGCCUGGGUGACAAAGCCAGACCCUGUCUCAAAAAAAAGGGAAGAGAGCCAGAGGGACUAGGAGAUAAUGUGUAUGUAGGUUUAUAUGAUGGGAUAUCACCCUGAAGAGUUGUGUCUUUUGUAGCCAAUGACAAAUCCAGGAAAUAAUGUUGCUGAUAGGGAUAAAUCUUGAGGCUGAGGGAGGGCAGGACAGAUGUGUAUGGGAAACUCCAACCCCUAUAUAUUGUAAAUAGAUGGGCUGGGCUAAACAUUGUUGCUAUUUCAGACUUAUACCAACUCAGCUUUUACACAAUAAAGCUCUACUCUCCUGUCUCUA